GUGGUGUCCCUACGGCCAUGUGGUGUCCUCGUGGCCGCGCUGAUGUCCCUGCGCUGUGUCCCCAGAGCCUGCUGGUGCUGCUGGACCUGCUGGGCACCCAGCACCCCGCCAUCCACAGCCACUUUCCCCGCACCCACCACUGGUUCCUGCGCCUCGUCGCCAUCGAGAAACGACUGCGGAGCCUGGGGCUGCUGCACGCCUCCCCCCAGGACCAGCCCUUUUUCCGGCUCAGCCCAGCCCCGGGGCCCGUCGAGGACGACCACGUCCCCUUCCUGCAACGUGGCGUCCCCGUGCUGCAUCUCAUCCCCAUGCCCUUCCCCUGGGUCUGGCACACCAGCGAGGACAACGAGGACAACCUCCACCUGCCCACCGUGGAGGACCUCUGCAAGAUCCUCGCCGCCUUCGUGGCCGAGUUCCUGCAGCUCUGAGCCACCCGGACACCCCGACACCCUCCGGCCUGAGCCCCCCUGGGGCGUCGGGGCAGCCCCUGGCUGUGCUGGGAGCCCCCACUAAUAAAAUCCUCGGUGCCUGGCAUCGUGUCCUGUGCUGUCACCCACCCGUGGGGACACCCAGGGGGACACGGUUCGGAACAGGCUCGUUGGGUGGAGGUAGCUGCGGGGGGCAGGACCGCCGAGGGGGAAACCCGGCUGGAAAAGGCAGUGGGGGUCUUCUCGACCCCAUUUUCAGCUGGGGAAGGUCCAAUCAGACCUCCAAAGGUCCCAUCCGGACCCCAAAGUGAUGUUGGGUGCUUCAUCAUGGAGGUCCUCCUCGUUUUAAUUUGGUCAGCAGUCCCCUUGUGUUUUAUUUCCGCGCCCCCCGCGGUGGCUGCAGACCCAGGGAAGAGCAAACCGUUAGGUAAGGAGCACACCCAUCUUUAAAAGAUGCAUUUAAAUAUUAAUUAAACAUUGAGGCAGCAGCGGAAUGAUCAAGAAAGCGAGCUUUGGGUUCUCAUCGUGGUUCUCCUUCAUCUGCCUCUAGCAGUGGUCUGGAUUUCCACUGCAAUCAGAUCUCUCCUCUAAAAAAGGACAAAAACAAG